CCUUUUUUUUUCCCCGAUACGGGACAAAACCGCGCACGAGAAUGGCCGCCGGCGUCAGAAUCCACCGCCCGCCUAGCGCUUCGUAGUCCGGCUGACGUUAUGUUCCCGUAGAAAUUGACCGCCCGCCGGAAGAAAGUGCAGUACAGAUAGAUAAUCUUGGUGGAGCCAGAGGAGGCAAGAAAUUACUCCGGUGGAGCGCGAUAUGAUUCCGGCGUCUCCUCCUCCCGAUUCAGCGUGGGGGCCAGGUCCAAACGCAGGGCCUCCUUUCCUUCCCGUCCUCAUGGCGCCCGCUAUGAUUUCUUGCCAAAUCACUCGCGCCGUUGCCUCUUAAGCCGCAAUCCAUCCCCCGAGUCUUCCCCUCCCUCGCCCCUCCACACAGUCCACAGUGGCCACGCGUCGCUUCCUUCUCCCGCCGCUCCUCCGCCGGAGGCGCCCCGGCGGAAGAAUCCAAUGAGUUUUGGCUCCGUGUAGUGUAGGCGCGCGCACUGGAGAUGCCCUGCCUGACCCUGCAAUGCAAUCCGUCGCCGGUCGCUGAUCAGUCGAGCUCCUGAUUUGGAACCUUUUUACGGAUUUCUUGGGGGCCCAUCGCCGUGUUUCGUUCCCUGCCCGCUUUGGCCGUGCAUUAAUAGCCGCUUCCUUGUGAUAGUCCUCUCCCUCCGUCCUCCCUUCCCUGUUCCCUCCUCCUCUCCUCUCUCCUCUCGCUCGUCUCCUUGGUCGGCUCUGUUCUUGGGAGUGCUGCCAGUCUGGUUGCGUUGCGGCAGCAAAAACUUCAUCGACAGCAUCUGCCUGCGACGUUCUGAUGGGUUUGGGUUGCUUCGGGUGCUUCACGCCGGAGGUGGAUGAGGACCUCAAGCCCUCCAAGCACGACGACUCGUCAGGGACCGAUGCGAGGAGGAAGGUCGCGCCGGAUGUGGCCAACGGCUACGCGCACAGCUUCACCUUCAAGGAUCUGCUUGUGGCUACCGGCUACUUCAACGAGGCCAAUUUCAUUGGAGAAGGUGGAUUUGGGAAGGUGUACAAGGGCAAGAUCAACGGACAGAUGGUGGCAGUGAAGCAGCUCGCUCGAGAUGGUGUGCAGGGGAGGAACGAGUUCUUGGUCGAGGUGCUCAUGCUGACAGUGCUCAACCAUCGCAAUCUAGUCAGCUUGGUCGGGUUCUGCGCGCAGGGGGACGAGAGACUGCUAGUGUACGAGUACAUGCCGUUCGGAAGCCUGGAGAGCCAUCUGUUUGAUGUGCCCCUUGGCAAGAAACCGCUUGACUGGAACACACGUGUGAGGAUAGCAGUUGGAGUCGCAGAAGGGCUUUCUUACUUGCACAAUGUAGCUGAUCCACCUGUGAUUUACCGUGAUAUGAAAGCUGCUAAUAUUCUGCUGGGUGAGGACUUCAGCCCGAAGCUCUCUGACUUUGGGCUUGCAAAAGUUGGACCUGUCGGAGACAGAACUCAUGUGUCCACAAGAGUUAUGGGUACCUAUGGCUACUGUGCUCCUGACUAUGUCGUGAGUGGUAAGCUUACCAUGAAAUCCGACAUAUACAGUUUCGGUGUUCUUCUGUUAGAACUGAUCACAGGAAGGAGGAUUUAUGAUGCCUCAAGGCCUAAACCAGAGCAGAGCCUGUUAACAUGGUCGAGGCCAUACCUGCAUGAUAAGAGGAAGUUCUACCGGCUCGCUGAUCCGUCUCUGCUGGGCUGCUACCCAUCAUCAGCACUGAACCAGUUAGUCGUGAUCAGCAUCAUGUGCCUCCAAGACCAGCCCCAUGUCCGCCCAAUCAUCUCUGAUGUUGUGAUAGGCCUGAACCAUGUCGCAAGCCAACCAUACACCUCUGCUGAGCGCCUGCCUCCUGCAUCCAUGAGCUCCCCAGCGAGCAGCGGGUCGCCUCAACCCGUCAGCACACCAUCCAGAAGGAGAGGUGGUAGGAGGACUGCGCAGUAUGCUUAGGGGACUGCAUGUCCCGAAGAGCAGCAAGAUAACUCGGUCAGAUGAGACAGGUAGAAGGGCUGUUGAAAUUGAAGCCGUCAAGUUCAGUUCCAUUAGUCAGAGCCUUUUUGAUUGAAGCGGUCUCUGAGUGACCUGCUUGACAGAGAGUUCUAGUGAGGCUGAUGGUAGUAGGAGUUCAGGCUGACUAUGCAUGACUAUUGCUCUUUUCAUAUGCUUCUUCAUUGUUUUCGGUUUUAAAUUUUUUAGCCAGUGUACAUAGGAAGGAUCAGUGCCCCUGUGUGGGGAAGAAGAAUGCACCAGCCAUGGUAGAGGUGGGGGACAGUGUGUGCCUCCUUUUGGGAUGUUCAUCAUCAAGUUACCAGUCGUGUACAGAGUUGUCAUGGUCUGGUGCAUGUUGGCCUGUAGAUGCAAUAAGAAAUUCACCAGGGUUUUAACUGAAGAAAUGAUUCAAAUGUUGGGUAUUUGUGGUA